AUAAGAUUUUUGAAUUCUUGAAAACUGCCAGAGAAUGUCAGAUAAAUGCUACAUCAGUUAUUUAUCUUAGGCUAAAAGAAAACUGUUGGAUUUCACAAGAUGAACUAAGAUCAAUUAUAAAUCGAGCUGUAACUUUUGCCAGCAAUUUAUAUAUGGAAGGCACACCUCGUCGCUCAAGAAUUUUACAAAUUUCUUCACAGAAACUGGUCAGACAAAUAAAACCCGUGCUUUCAUUAAGUGUUAAAAAUAAGUGUAACGAAUUUUUAUCAAGUUUUUCUAAUCAUAAUUAUAGCGGAUUUCCAGAAAAGUUGGUUCAUGAUCAGACAUGGAAAGAAUUUGAAGAGAAAAUUUUAUCCGUCGUAAAUGAAAAUUUUAAUACUAUGAAAGAUAUUUGGAAUAAUUCAGCUCUUAACUUCGAAGUAGCUGGAACGUUAAAUGAGGGAACUUAUCAAUCUACCAUCAUUGUACCAUUUAUUCGAGCUGUACUAAAAGAUCUUCCCUUUAGAUCUUCAUUUAUUAGCACAUCAGAAAGAGAAAGUGCUGCUAGUGUGGAUAGAAAAGGAAACGGUCAAGCGGGAAGAUGUUCAGAUAUCAUGUUUAUGGUAAAACAUUUGGAUAUGCUUUUUGAAAUUAUGUAUGUCGAAUGCUCGAGAUUGGUUUGUACACCUCAAAAAACGAUAGAUGAUGAUGUUAAGUUAUGGAGAGAAUGUAACGAUGUAGCAGGAGAUAUUUUACAUCUAAACGUUCUUAUCAGAGAUCAAACGAAUGUUAAUAGAUAUUAUAAUAUAGAAUCAGCAAAAAUCCCUAUGCAAAAAUCAGAAGAGACUGUUGUAAUUAAAUUUGUAGAAACUCUUCUCCUUUUAUAUAACAUAGUAAUUACAAAUUUGUCUUUACUAUAUCAUAGAUCAGUAUGUAUAUCUGAAAGACAAAAGGAAGACAGUACGACUGUAAAUUCUGAAUAA